GGGCUGGAUUAAAGUUAUUGUUUUGAUGGGGGGAUUGGGGAUAUUGGGGUGUUUGGUUUGCAAAUCUUGAAAUAUGAAUUUGAGUUUGUGUUGUUGUUCUUGUUAUUUUGUUAUAUGGGUUUGUGUUUAUGAUUCAAAUCUUGAAUUGGGUUGGAUGAAAGUUAUUAUUUUGAUGGGGGGAUUGGGGAUAUUGGGGUGUUUGGUUUGCAAAUCUUGAAAUGGGUUUCAAGGCAACUCCAUGAUUCUUGAUCCGCUAUAUACAUCAAACAUAUUAAAAAAAAUUACCUUUCACAUCAAGAUUUUUUCGGUUUCUCCAGUUCAAUGAACCGAUAAUUCGAUAAACGAUCUUCGUCAAUUCGCAGCCCAAAAGAAAGGAAGUCGAAUCGACACUCCUCUCUGUAACUUGCCGAAUUCAACAAUAAUCAUGAAGUGAGGCUGCAAGUUUUGGUAUCGUGUGAGAAAGGUCUGGUGGCAAGAAAAGCUGCUUACAGGAGGUUGUCAAGUGUUUUCGCUCGACGAUUUUAUUCUUGGGUGGUUGGUUUGGCCCUUGUUUUCUACUUUUGACGCAACUGCGGGUCGUAUUCACGUUCUGAUUGUUACAUUCAGAGGAUGAUAGUCUUUCAGGUGCUUUAUACUUUGAGAGUAGGAGGAGAUUUUUGCGCGAUUUAGUUAAAAUAGAAACUCGAAAAUUUUAGUUUAGAACGAAAUAUAGAGUCAUGGCUGCACCUGGACUCUUGCUCCUAUGUUGCAAUUUUAUUUGCCGUUGUUUUCGAUCUAAAACAAAAGAUACAGACGAUACGGUUCUUGUUAAGGAGUCAAAUACAGUGGAUGCAGCUCCGUCUAUAGAAGUGAAUUCCGGAUCUGGAAAGAUCCCAGUGAGCCCACUGCGGGUCCCACCGAGCCCCCUCCGGGUCCCACCUAGUCCCGGUAGAUUCUCAAUGUCACCAAAGCUUGAUAGGAUCGGUUCGGUUCAUUUAACUAUGAGACAAGCUGCAAGAGCUACUCAAAACUUUUCACCAUCAUUAAAACUAGGUGAAGGAGGAUUCGGGACCGUUUAUAAAGCUGAGUUACAAGAUGGUCGAACGGUUGCCAUAAAACGAGCAAGCAAGGAACACUCGGAUGCUCUAAGAAGUGAAUUUCGAAGCGAGAUCGAGUUACUUGCAAAGAUCGAGCAUCGGAAUUUAGUAAAAUUGCUUGGUUAUGUUGAUAAAGGAAACGAGCGUCUUAUUAUCGCAGAAUAUGUACCUAAUGGUACACUUAGAGAACAUUUAGAUGGUGUUCAUGGAAGCUGCUUAGAUUUCAGUCAACGGCUCGAAAUUUCCAUCGACAUUGCUCACGGCCUAACAUACCUUCAUUUAUAUGCAGAAAAACAGAUAAUCCAUAGAGAUGUGAAAUCAUCCAACAUUCUUCUAACCGAUAGGAUGCGGGCCAAAGUGGCUGAUUUUGGAUUUGCACGGCUUGGGGAUAACGAGCCCGGUAACACCCAUGUUUUGACCAAAGUCAAAGGGACGGUCGGGUACCUUGACCCUGAGUAUAUGAGAACCUUUAAGCUCACCCCGAAAAGUGAUGUGUAUUCUUUCGGGGUUCUACUCGUAGAAAUUCUUACGGGCCGUCGGCCCGUUGAUUCAAGGCGGUCUCCGGAUGAAAAGGUCACUAUUAGAUGGGCCUUUGGGAAACACAACAAUGAUGAAACAAUGGAUUUAGUGGACCCACAAAUGAAGGAAGCCGUGGAUGCGAAGAUCUUCAAGAAGAUGCUGAACUUGGCUUUUCAAUGCGCAGCUCCCACGCGAGCUGAUCGACCCGAUAUGAAGUCCGUCGCAGAGCGAUUAUGGGCGAUUCGAGUAAAGUAUCUCAAACGUGCAGGAAAAGAGUGAUUUUAAAGAAAGUUUUGAGUUUCUUGUUUUGUAGCUUGCAUGGUCCAGUUGUGGUACAAUGCUUAUUUUAUAUUUUUAUAUUUAUAUCAGUUUAAGGGAAAAGAUCAAA